AUGUCCCUCUCUUUACUCGCUUCUUCAGUAGCGAGCGCAAGCCGCACGCGAGUGCCCGCGUCCGGAGUCGCAGUACUCCGCGCGUUGCACUCUUCUCGUCCGGUCCAGAAGCCGGAGCCCUUGCCCGUCUCUUCGACAGACCCCACAAACCCCAUUACCCAAAUCGCCAAGUCGGGCAGCAACCAGCUGAGCUUGGAGAGGCCACAGAACAAGGCCGAGUAUGUGCUCAGCACAAUGGAUAAGAUUGUCAACUGGGCACGACAGGGCAGUCUUGCAUGCUGUGCCGUGGAGAUGAUGCACAUGGCCGCUGCGCGGUACGACCAGGACCGACUGGGCGUCGUCUUCCGUGCUUCCCCGCGUCAGAGUGACAUUAUGAUUGUCGCCGGUACCCUCACGAACAAGAUGGCACCUGCACUCCGCAAGGUGUACGACCAGAUGCCCGAGCCAAGAUGGGUCAUUUCCAUGGGUAGCUGUGCCAACGGUGGUGGAUACUACCAUUACAGCUACUCCGUCGUACGCGGUUGCGACCGUAUCGUCCCCGUCGACAUCUAUGUACCGGGAUGCCCGCCCACAGCCGAGGCACUUCUCUAUGGUAUGCUCCAGCUCCAGCGCAAGAUGCGUCGUAACAGGAAGGGUGUCUUGUGGUACCGCAAGUAG